ACAAAAAUAAAACUACGACAAGGGCAAGGAAGAAAGAACUUUCUCCAGAUCCAGGAAUCGCUCGAGACUCUGGGGUUCUCUCUCACCGACACCUAAUCAGACGCCAUGGAAUCCCCUGGAUCUCGACCGUUUCUAACUCCGACGUUCUUCACGAUUAUUCUGGUUCUGAUCAGUGGCGCCUAUUCUUUCUAUCUCCCUGGUGUGGCUCCUGAAGACUUCAAACAGGGAGAUGAACUGAAAGUGAAAGUUAACAAAUUGACGUCUACAAAGACUCAACUUCCUUACACCUACUAUUCUCUGCCCUUUUGCCGUCCAGAGAAAAUCGUAGACAGCACUGAGAAUCUCGGGGAAGUACUUCGUGGGGACCGUAUCGAAAAUGCUCCUUUUGUGUUUAAAAUGCGGGAGACCCGAAUGUGCAACAUUGUCGGUCGGCUGGUACUUGAUGCCAAGAGUACAAAAGAGUUCAAGGAGAAGAUAAAUGAUGAAUAUCGGGUCAACAUGAUCCUUGAUAACCUGCCUCUAGUGUUUCCCGCACGAAGGUUGGAUCAGGAAUCUACGCCAAUUUAUCAGCUUGGCUACCCUGUUGGCGUGAAAGGACAAUAUGCGGGCAAGGACGAAAGGUAUUAUAUCUACAACCAUUUGUCAUUCACUGUCAAGUACCAUAGAGAUUUGCAAACCGACACAGCAAGAAUUGUGGGAUUUGAGGUUAGGCCAUUCAGUGUUAAACAUGAAUACGAAGGGAAAUGGAACGAGAAAAACACUCGUUUGAGUACCUGUGAUCCCCAUACCAAGCAAACGGUCGUUAACUCCAAUUCUCCUCAAGAGGUUGAAGACGGCAAAGAAAUUAUUUUCACAUAUGAUGUGGAUUUCAAGGAGAGUGAUGUGAAGUGGGCUUCUAGAUGGGAUGCUUAUCUUUUAAUGAACGAUGACCAAAUUCACUGGUUUUCCAUUGUUAAUUCUUUGAUGAUUGUCCUCUUCCUCUCGGGUAUGGUCGCAAUGAUAAUGCUCCGGACACUUUACCGUGAUAUUUCCAAGUACAAUGAGCUUGAGACCCAGGAAGAAGCCCAAGAAGAGACAGGAUGGAAGCUUGUUCAUGGGGAUGUUUUCAGGCCCCCGCAGAAUUCUGAUCUCCUCUGUGUGUACGUCGGAACUGGAGUUCAAUUUUUUGGAAUGAUACUUGUGACCAUGAUCUUUGCUGUUCUUGGAUUCCUAUCUCCAUCCAACCGAGGUGGUCUCAUGACAGCCCUGCUCUUGCUUUGGGUUUUCAUGGGCCUUUUCGCUGGUUACUCCGCUGCUCGCAUAUACAAAAUGUUUAAAGGAACAGUAUGGAAGAGGAUCGCGUUCAGAACUGCUGUCAUGUUCCCAGCUAUUGUCUCCUCCAUUUUCUUUGUCUUAAACGCACUCAUAUGGGGCCAGAAAUCAUCUGGGGCUGUGCCAUUCGGGACCAUGUUUGCACUCAUCUUUUUAUGGUUCGGUAUCUCAGUCCCACUCGUAUUCGUGGGCAGCUAUGUUGGGUUCAAGAAGCCAGCCAUGGAAGACCCUGUAAAAACCAACAAAAUUCCAAGGCAGAUUCCUGAACAGGCCUGGUACAUGAACCCAAUUUUCUCGAUUCUCAUAGGAGGAAUCCUCCCAUUUGGAGCCGUCUUCAUUGAACUUUUCUUCAUACUCACCUCAAUCUGGCUGAACCAGUUCUACUAUAUCUUCGGUUUCCUCUUCCUGGUGUUCGUGAUUCUCAUCAUCACUUGUGCUGAGAUAACCAUUGUGCUCUGCUACUUCCAGUUGUGCAGCGAGGAUUAUCUGUGGUGGUGGAGGUCAUACCUCACUUCAGGUUCAUCUGCUUUGUACUUCUUCCUUUACGCUACGUUCUACUUCUUCACGAAGCUUGAAAUCACGAAGCUGGUGUCUGGCCUCUUGUACUUCGGUUACAUGUUGAUUGCUUCGUACGCAUUUUUUGUGCUUACUGGCACCAUUGGGUUCUAUGCAUGUUUCUGGUUCACAAGGCUCAUUUACUCAUCGGUGAAAAUUGAUUAGAGUGUUUGUGCCAGUUAUAAUCUCAUUUCACAAGAACGCCGACUAUAUUUUAGUGUAAGAUUUGAAAUUAAGGUAUGGUUUUUGUACUCAAUUUUGAACAUUGACUAGCUCAUAACUCAUAGUUCUGUUAUACUAUUCGUCUUAUUUUGGUCAAAUUAAAAAGGAAAAAGCAGUUUCUUCAA